GGCGGAGAGAGCAUCUCACUGGAUUGGACUAAACAAUGCCAGUUUUCAAAGCUCCGUUCAACGGUUACUCCGUCAAGUUCAGCCCCUUCUACGAGUCCCGACUCGCCGUCGCCACCUCCCAAAACUUCGGCAUCCUCGGCAACGGCCGCCUCCACGUCAUCGACAUCUCCCCGCCCCUGUGGCCCGGCGCACCCCGCCAACCAAUCACCGAGCUCGUCUCCUACGACACCGCCGACGGCGUAUACGACGUCGCAUGGUCCGAGUCCCACGACUCCCUUCUAGUAGCCGCCAUCGCCGAUGGCUCCGUUAAGAUCUACGACACCGCUCUGCCCCCGGCCUCCAACCCCCUCCGCUCCCUCCACGAGCACACCCGCGAGGUCAGCUCCGCUGAUUACAACCCCACCCGCCGCGACUCCUUUCUCACCUCCUCAUGGGACGACACCGUCAAGCUAUGGACCGUUGACCGCCCCGCAUCUGUUCGAACUUUCAAGGAACACGCCUACUGCGUCUACUCCGCCGUCUGGAACCCCCGCCAUGCCGAUGUAUUCGCCUCCGCCUCGGGCGACUGCACUCUGCGCGUUUGGGACGUGCGCGAGCCCGGGUCCACCAUGAUCAUCCCCGCGCACGAGCUCGAGAUCCUGGCGUGCGAUUGGAACAAGUACGACGACUGCUGCAUCGCCACCGCCUCCGUCGACAAGUCGAUUAAAGUCUGGGACGUGAGGAGCAUGACGGUUCCGAUCUCGGUGCUCAACGGCCACGGCUACGCGGUGAGGAAGGUGAAAUUCUCGCCGCACAGGCAAAGCUUGAUCAUGUCAUGCUCGUACGACAUGUCGGUUUGCUUGUGGGAUUACAUGGUGGAGGAUGCACUGGUGGCACGGUACGACCACCACACGGAGUUCGCGGUGGGUGUGGAUAUGAGCGUGUUGGUGGAGGGGCUUCUGGCCAGUACUGGUUGGGAUGAGCUUGUGUAUGUUUGGCAGCACGGGACCGAUCCCAGAGCGCCGUAACAGGGUAGUUUUCGAUUUCUGAUUUUCGAUUUUAGCUUUGAUAGUUUUCGAAAUUGUGAAUUUUGUGGUCGCUGCAAUUCUGUUACUGAAUCAUCACUUGAACUUGUAUACAAGAUUUAAUAAACGAGAAGCUUUAUGUUA